ACUCAUAUUUUUACAUAUAUAGGAAUGGAAAAUAAUCAAAAAUUGAUAAGUGUUAUUUCGAAUUUUCGUCUUAGUUAAACACGAAGUAUCCAAAAAUUAGCUACAUUUUUAAAGCAAUUUCACAGCAAAAAGAAAUCACGUUGCCAGAUUGUUGGCAGCUAACCAGCCAGUCUCGCAGCGAUGUGCAUAACAAGCGCCGCGAAUUUUGCGCUAACUGAAAUAGGCGUUAACACAGCGCUGUGAAUUAACAAAAUUCAUUUGACGCUAACGGAAAGCAGUCGUCUGCCCAUGUGGAAGAAAUUAAUUCGACAUCUAAGCUAUCAAAGUAAGGUAGCUCAAAAUCGUGAGGGCGCCCGAUUAAUUGUGCGCCGUCUUCAAAAAACUGUUUUGCAAACAUUGCGAGAUCCCUACUUAAAGAUGUCCGAAACCACAUUUAAGCCAAAGCCAAAGCCAUCCGAGCCAGAGCCGCCGCUAAAUGAUAGGCAAUUCACAGCGCACAGAAGCAGCAAACAGGAUAGCAAUUGUCGCACCUGCAACGACUUCAAGUCCUGGUCCAAGCAACAGCGUCUCAUCUCCAGCACUCAGGCAGCAAAGGAAAAACAUAUGGCUGCCAACGAGACACUUAAUGUUCAGGUAGCAGCGCCGAGGGAUGACUGCCCCCUGGACAAGGUGCGUCUGGGCAUAUCCACUUGGAGUCUACUGCACACAAUGGCUGCAUUUUAUGCGGACAAUCCGACAGACACUGAGAAGCGGGAUAUGCGAAAAUUCUUUGAGGUGCUCUCGCGCUUAUAUCCAUGCGAGUAUUGUGCCAAGGACUUUCGUUCAGAAAUUGAGGUGAAUCCAGUCAAUGUGAAUUCACAAAAGGAUCUGGCGAUGUGGCUGUGCAAGUUCCAUAAUCGAGUGAAUGACAAGCUCGGUAAACCACUGUUCAAUUGCAGUAAAGUAAAUGAGAGGUGGCGUGACGGCUGGCUUGAUGGAUCCUGUGAUUAGGUACUUGCAGUUAGCUAUAACUCAAGUCCAGCCCAUACCUCCACUAAGCUCUCUACACAGAUUUAUAACGGCGGAAUCGUUGUUUGCAAAAUUUAACUCAUAUAUUGUACCUAUUUGGAAAACUUAUUAACUUAUAAUACUUUAACGAUGCAGAUUCUAUUCUGCUCCUGUCCCCGUCAUUGAACGUUUUGUAAUUUUCAAAUGUUUUAAACGAUUAUCUUGCUAUUUAUGUUGUUUAACAAAAUUCAUAAAUUUCUGUAUAUAUUAUAAUACUACUAAUCGAUUUAGAAUGGCACAACUUGUGUUCUGUUUUGGUACGGAAGAAGUCUAAAAUAUACCUACUGUAGAAAA